UUGACAGUGAUAAUAAGUGAUUGUUCCUGAUUUAUGUGUUUACUAUACUCUUUACUCGUAAACAAAGUUGGCUGUAAAACCGCGUUGUGCUGGCAGAGCCUCGUGUUUACCACAUCCCCGGACGGCAUCGUCUUCUCGCGUGCUGUUUUCUACAAUACACGUGCUGUUCGGGCCUUUAGCCUGGGAGCACAGGCCAUCCCAUGGAGCCGGGGUGUGCGGUAGGCCAUCCCAUCUGGGUUGGUGCAAGUGCACUCCGAUGUUUUCACAAUGACAGACUCACCUUACAGUGCAUUUCUCAGGACGAAUCUCAUCGUUGAGUGGUGCACAACUGGACUGUAUCGUAUAUCAGAACUUGACCUGGUGUGUGUGCUGAGGCUGAGCUCAGAUGACACUACCUGUGGGCAGAGCAGUGCAAACAGCGGCAUGGUACUGGUCACAGCCCCGGGUAUAAUAACAAAGGAUUGGUUAAAUUAGUAAUGAUGCAUCGGCCUGAGAAAAUACCGCGUGGCUUCUCCAAGGGUUUUUGUAGAAUAACAUUUACUGAUACAGUAAAAUCUACACAAGAUGCUAAGUGAACAUUCACUUUAUCAAACCACGAUCCCAUUUUUUGUAGAAAUUAAAGCAUGGAAUGCUAUUUGGGAAAAGCGGGUACCUCUGGGAGGCUGCUUGAGUGAUUUGUGUUUUUGUGUGCUUAUCGGAAUUUUCUGAAUGUCCUAUGAGGAAUGGGUGUUACUUUUAUAAAAAGAUAAAUAUUGUAAAAGUUACUAUAAAGUGUUUCAUCCAUUUUAAAUAGACACUGACACUUCUUGCUGCAUGUAGGAUACUUUACUAAAAGCUUCCUGAUUCUUCCAGAUAAAGGCUGAAGGAUUCUGUGUCCCCCUUUGCCUCCCCAGGAAAGAUAGCAGCAUGGCUAGUGUGCUGUCCCGGCGCCUUGGGAAACGGUCCCUUCUGGGAGCCCGGGUGUUGGGGCCUCCCGGGACUGCCCCACCUUCAGAGCCUCAGGCGGAGCUGCUGGAGGGGAUGGCUCCCCAGCCCUUCUUCACCCCUAAGGACACUUCCUGUCAAGAGCAGCCCAAGGAAGUCCUCAAGGCUCCCAGCACCUCAGGCCUCCAGCAGGUGGCCUUUCAGCCGGGGCAGAAGGUUUAUGUGUGGUAUGGGGGUCAAGAGUGCACAGGACUGGUGGAGCAGCAUAGUUGGGCAGAGGACAAGGUGACUGUCUGGCUGUUGGAUCAGAAGUUACAAAUCUGCUGCAAAGCGGAGGAGGUGUGGCUGGCCGAGCUGCAGGGCCCCAUUCCCCAGGUGCCACUUCCAGAGCAGGGAACCCAGGCACAAGCCUACAGGCCUGUCUCCAGGAACAUUGAUGUCCCAAAAAGAAAGUCCGACGCGGUGGAAAUGGACGAGAUGAUGGCGGCCAUGGUGCUGACGUCCCUGUCCUGCAGCCCGGUCGUGCAGAGUCCUCCUGGGGCCGAAGCCAGCUUCUCUGGUGAGGAAGGGGUUCCGUGUGGGUUCUGGGUGCGGCAGAGGCUCAUCACUGAUGUCCUCUGCUUUGAGCAGCUAAUUGCCGACGCACUGGCCUGGCGGCAGGAUUUGGAGUGCCUCCUGGCUCGCAUCCCAGACUGGCUGAGCGGCGUUGAGUUAGAUGCUUCCAUUCUUUUUUCUCAGUUUCCUCCUCUGGGAAGCAGUUUCCUGACUGACCACGGGUUUGAAACGGACCCGGACGCCUUCCUGUUGGACGAACCCGCUCCCCGUAAAAGAAAGAACUCUGUGAAGGUGAUGUACAAGUGCCUGUGGCCAAACUGCGGCAAAGUCCUGCGCUCAAUUGUGGGCAUCAAACGACACGUGAAAGCCCUCCACCUGGGGGACACUGUGGACUCUGACCAGUUCAAGCGGGAGGAGGAUUUCUACUACACAGAAGUGCAGAUGAAGGAGGAAGCUGCUGCUGCUGCUGCUGGCACCCCUGCCACCGACUCAGCCCCCACCCCCAGUGUGACCAGCCCACCCCUUGCCAUUCUUCCACCACCUCCUCCCAAAGGCCAGACCUCAGGCCCAGAACACCCUGGUGUGGAGUCUUACCUGCCCUCUGGUGCUCUCAGCAAGUCAGCUCCCGGCUCCUUCUGGCACAUUCAGGCCGACCAUGCAUACCAGGCCCUGCCAUCCUUUCAGAUACCCGUCUCACCACACAUCUACACCAGUAUUAGCUGGGCCGCCGCCCCCUCCCCGGCCUCCUCCCUCUCUCCGGUCCGGAGCAGGUCGCUAAGCUUCAGCGAGCCGCAGCAGCCACCACCUGCCAUGAAAUCUCACCUGAUUGUCACUUCUCCACCCCGGUCCCAGAGCAGCGCCAGGAAGGCCCGCGGGGAGGCCAAGAAGUGCCGCAAAGUGUAUGGCAUUGAGCACCGGGACCAGUGGUGCACCGCCUGCCGCUGGAAGAAGGCCUGCCAGCGCUUCCUGGACUGAACCCGUCCAACCGGCUCCUCCUCUUUGCUCCUGGCCCUGAUGGCAGCCAGAUGACAAAAGGCAGGCCUGUGAGCCCUCACAGACACCUACAGAUAAAGAGUGGACACUGGGAGUUUGGGCUCUAUUGGCUAAGGUUUAAUACUUAAAACCUUUUUCCCUCCCUUGUGGGAACAUUUUAUUUUUUUUAAAAAAAGAAAUGAACAUAUUUUUUCCCCUCAAAUAGGAGAGAGCCAAAACUGACCAAGGGUAUUCUGCAGCGAACUAGAGACCAAAGAAUUAAUUAGCCUCCCUUUCCCACAUCCCCUCUCUCCAGGGGAUUAGUUUGUUAGCAUCAAGAAGGAACAGCUCAUUCUGUUUCUUGCUGAGUUGGUGAAUUCUUUGCUUUCUCAACUCGGCCAGAAGGGACUGUGAGCAAGAUGAAUUUACUUUUCUUUUUAAAAAGUUUCUGGCUGAUGACUCAGAGAGCAGGACCUGCUGGAUGGGGUGGGAAGAGUGAGGGGUACCUGGGCGCUUUUUUAAUUUUUAUUUUCGCAGCUAGCCCUUCUCCGCCUGAAUCUGGGAGCGUGGAAAGCUUGUUCUCACCAGGCAGCUUCCGUGGAAGUAAAAGGAAAACCUUUGUCUGGUGACAGCUCUUUGAAUCUGAGUCCCCUCAACGUUGGGUGGCAUCCCAACACAUUGUAUGGCUUCUUCUCAAAGCCCAGACUAAUAGUUUUUUAAAGACUGUCCCCAGAUAGCUGAGCCAAAAGGCUACUAUGAAUUCACUUUUUGAAAUGUGGAGGUAAAACACUACCUUGAUAAUGCUUUCCUCUUUCCUUGAGGAAAAGUGAGAGGGUUUGAGUACCCGUGAAAGCUCUCUGCUGUGGUCAGAGUGAUGGCAAUGACAACUCUAAAACACUUUGUUUUCUUUUAUGCUGUAUUCAGAAGUCUUUAUCUGAUUAAAUUCCCUUUUAUUUGGGUGGUAGGUUCCUCUUUGUCUCUGGCUUCACCAGGGAUUUCCCCAUUUCCCUCCCCAGGCUGCAGCAGGGCUGGCGGGGAGGGAGAGAGAAGAGCGUAGAUAGAUAGGCAAGUGGCACCUUGCCCCCGCCCACGGAGGAGGAGUUGACAGGUGUCCCAUUAUAGGACGGGCUCACCUGCUCCUUUGGGAGCAAUCUGAUCUUUUUCCUGAGGUGACAAGUAGGACAGGGACAGGACUCUCUGAUCAAGGCAGGAGGCUUCUGGAACUUUUACCAGUGUUGGUCCAGUCCGAUGAGGAGGAGGGUCACUUUGUUAUGGUGUGACCUUCCCAGAUGCCUGCUGAGCACCUUCUCGCCUGAAGGCAGGGUGGGGAAGGUUAGAGAGAGUGUGAGGAAGCAGAGUGAGGAGGACCUGGGGUUGGAUUCGCAGCUCCUGGUGGUUCAGCCCCUGGUGUCUCUGGAGGCCUCAGGAAUUGAGGGGAGCCUGGGCUGCAUCGCUUAGGAGGUGGAGGAGAUAGACGUGGGGAGUUCAGCACUGUGCCAGCCAGUGGUUGAUUAAGACGGGGCGAGCUGAGCCUUGAGGGAAGGCACGUGUUUGCUUCGGAGUCUCACCUUUCUUCCCAGUGAUUAAUUGUGGGGGUUCCUUGGGGCCUGCUUCACUGGGACCACUGAUGCCCAGCCGUCUUGGACCUAUGUCCUCGAUGUCAGGGGCUCAGGGAACCCCACCAAGCCACCCCUCUGGGGACAGAACAGCAGCAUCCACCCCUUGGCUCUCAUUGAGGGCGUCCUCUUGGCCCCAGGUGGAAAUACCUGGCUAUUUGAAGCUCCUCUGGCCACGUCAGGUGGGAAAUGUGCAUAUGCCUUUGAAUCCGAGACAGGUGGAGUGUUAGAAAACCUGCCGACCUGAGAAUAGGGAUGUGAUUUUGUGAAGGGUGAUGGGGACCUGAGUUUGGUGACAGAAGGAAAGACAGUUAUGCACAGGUGUCUUUGGUGGUGAUGGGGUAUAUUUUUAUAACUUAGUGAAAAAAGGUAUGUGGAAUCUGUCCCUUGGUAAAGCUCGAAACCAGGCCAGCGAGAGGUGGCCAGGGUUCUUCUUUUUGUCCAUUCAGCCUCCCUGAGAAUUAAAAGCCAAUAGCAGGUUGUUGCUUGUCCUGACUACUCACUUCCCAUGCUGUCCAUUUUCAGGUCUGUCUUCUCGGGGAGGGGAGGGCGUGUUUGAGACGCGGGGACUCUGCCCAGCAGUAUCUUCCCUUCACUCCUUAAUCAGAGCUCUUGCUGAGUCUCAUCUUUAGAAAAGCUGUUCUCAUUUCCCCCCUCAGUUUGGAUCGUGUAGAUAUAACUGCAUAUAGAUAUUUUCUGUAAAGGAGGUAGCCUUUUCAUGUCAUUGGUACACAGGGCAGAGAAGGAAGAGAGAAAGAAGAAAUGGAUGAAAUAAUUGAAAAACUGAGGUGGUUUUUUAUUUUAUUUUAUUUUAUUCAUGUUUUGUUUUGGUGCAGCUUUCCCUGUCUGCAUUUGCUCCUGUCUUAUUUUUGGCGGUGGUUGGCCUCCUCUGGCUUCCCUCUUCCCACAUUUCCAUCUCGUGGCUGUUGUGUUGGUUCUUGACAUGUGGUCUGUCCUUGGGGUUACCCCAUUUGUUUCCUCUUGGAGGGUGGGGGUGGUUUGUGAACUGAUGCAGCGAUCAUGCCUGUUUUUUCAUCUCUGUAUCUCUCUCGCUACUUCCCAGCCCACCUGGGCAGCAGAAUCUGAGAGAAGGUAAGAUGCCAUAGGUGCGCAUUCAAAGCUAACAGGACCGACUGUCAAACGCAGUUAUCUUGGGAAACUUUAUUCCACUGACGUUGCCCUUAUUCAAAAUAUUUCUUGGAAUUACCUUGGGAGUCUGGGGCCUGCUCUGACCAGUCUUAUUGAUACUAUAUCUGCCCUCAGGCUUACUCAGUGCAGAGAGAGCCUGUGAAUGUCUGUGGUCAAGUGAGGUCACAAGUGCAAAGCACAGGGACUGACUAGCGAGUAAAGUAACUUGGAUUCAAUUAUGUGAUGUUUGAGCUGGAUGGGGAAGCCAUCCUGCAGUUCCAGAGAGCGUUUUGAGCAAUGUCCGUGUUGUGAUGGGAAGCUUAUAGCUUGACUCCUUGGAGGACAUUAUUAAUUUGGAUGUGGAAACUGAUUUGUUUGAAGAAAUCUGUCCUGUUACUUUCUGCUCAUUCCAGGUUCUGACUACCAGGGGCAAAAAAACAAAAACAAAAAGAGAGAGAGAGAGAGAUAAAUCCCAUUUGUGAAUUUGUCUUACUGGCGCCUUUUCCCCCAGCUGUCUUCCAAGUAUUAUUUUUACUGUUAAAAUUUUUUUUGUUUUUUUUUUUAAAAUGUGAAAUGUAAUGUUUUUACAGCAACAAUAUGAAAUAUAUUUUAUAAGGAAUAAAAUGGUACAUUGUCUGA